AUGUCAAAAGCCAAAUACAUUGUUGAAGGAGGAUCUUCAAACAAACCACCAUUCUUUAAUGGAUCUGAUUAUUAUUUCUGGAAAAAUAAGAUGCAUUUGUUUCUAAAAUCUCAAGAUACAUGGAUGUGGCGCAUUAUUACAGAUGGAGAUUUCAUACCAAGAGUUGAUCAAGAUGACUCAACCUCUGCUGCGAAGAAAGAAGCAGACUGUACAACUGAUGAUAAAACUAAGUGUUCUCAACUUCUCAUCUUUUUCCUAAAAUCUCUCUCAAAAACUCUUUCCAAACCACAACAAUGGGCACGCACAAAGCAAUCAACAAGAAAGAAUGCAUAUCCAUGCUCGCCAUCCUCAUCAUCUCCAUCAUCUGACUCAAUCCAACGCUCACCAUCUCCACCACCACGACCAACUCCACCACAUAUUUUCUUUGAUACCACGUUUUCUGACUACCUCUCAUCUUCUCCAGAAAACAACCCUAACCCUAUCAAUACCAAUCUUUUGUCCAUUGUUCUUCCACCUCUCUACACAUGUCCCCCUCCUAAUCUCGCUCAAGUUCCCCCUCAUCUGCUAAAACCUACGAUACCAACAAGACAUUCUAUGAGAGUAAAAUCUGGCAUUGGAACCUCAACGACCUCCAACGUAAAACCAUUCUACUUCAUCAUCUCUGAUUCUAAGACUGGUGACUCAUCUGAUACUCCCCUUCACACAACCGCUACAGAGAAAGCAAAAACCCAACCCAUCACUCCAUCGAAAUAUUUUUUCUCCUCCGAACCUUCUCAAUCAACUCCUCCAAAUCAGAAAAGGAGAUUGAUCAAUGAAAUCUUCUCCUCUCUACCUAAACCAUAUCAACCUUCCUCUCAAUCCAAAAAGCCAACGCCAAACUCUAUGAAAACUAAAACCACCAUGACCAUUGCCCAAUUCCUAUCUAGAAACAAACUCAGAAAUCCCCAAACAAAUAAUGCACCCAAACAAAACUUGAAACUCACUAAACCUGCCUCUCUAGAACAUUCUCCGUUUCCCCAAUGUUCUCCAGCCCUAACUCCAGAACGUUCUCCAAAUCAAGAACGUCCUCUAGUUCGUAUUCCCUCUUCUUCUCCACAACAAGAACUUUCUCCACAUCAAGAACGUUCUCAUGCUCGACCAUCCUCUACUUCACAUCCGCAAGAACAUUCUCCAAUCCCGUAA